GGUUGACAGACUCGCCAUUCACCAGCCUUAGCCCGCCCAGCGGCAUUAGAGCGGCAUGGCAACGGCUAGGAGACGUGGGGGAGAAGGUGUGGUGAGGGGUGACAGUCUAACCGGACCAGUGAGAGAGAGCAGCAGUAGCACUAUUUCCACUCCUCACUGACUGAAGACACGCAGCUUGUGGCACACACUGAUAAAUAACGAUGCAACGCCGCCGCUGCUCCACACACUCGCUGCCGCUGACCAGGUGUUGGACCAAACAACAGGGACGUCGUUAACGUGACAGCACAUCAAACUUGUAUGUAUGCAGAGUGUGCCCUUCUCCCUGGUCCCGUACACAGACGAUCGAGAAGAUGCUGAGCCGACUGAUGAGCAGCAGCAUCAGGAGUCUGGACAGGGAAUGCAACUGCACGGUGAGGCUGCUGGACGACUCGGAGUACACCUGCACGAUUCAGCGGGAUGCCAAGGGCCAGUACUUGUUUGACCUCAUCUGCCACCAUCUCAACCUGCUGGAGAAAGACUAUUUUGGCAUUAGAUAUGUUGACCCAGACAAACAGAGGCAUUGGCUGGAGUUUACAAAGUCAAUUGCCAAACAAAUGAAGUCCCAGCCUCCAUUCACAAUGUGUUUGCGUGUCAAGUUUUACCCACCUGACCCUGCUGCCCUAAAAGAGGAAAUCACCAGAUAUCUCGUCUUCCUGCAGGUUAAGAGGGAUCUCUACCAUGGUCGACUCCUGUGCAAGACAUCAGAUGCUGCUCUGCUGGCUGCCUACAUAUUACAAGCUGAAAUCGGUGACUAUGACCCUGGGAAACACCCAGAAGGCUACAGCUCCAAGUUCCAGUUCUUCCCCAAGCACUCAGAGAAGUUGGAGCGGCGGAUUGCUGAGAUUCACAAGACUGAGCUGAUAGGUCAGAGUCCUGAAACAUCAGAGCUCAACUUCCUCCAGAAAGCUCAGAUGCUGGAGACUUAUGGAGUGGACCCUCAUCCAUGCAAGGAUGUGUCUGGAAACCCAGCUUUUCUGGCUUUUACUCCUUUUGGAUUCACUGUGCUGCAAGGAAACAGGAGGGUCCAUUUCCUCAAAUGGGAGGAGGUGACCAAACUCAAGUUUGAAGCAAAGACAUUCCAUAUAUAUGCAAAUCAGAAGGAGGAUAAGAAAAUCAUACUGACAUACUUUGCACCUACACCUGAGGCCUGUAAGCAUCUGUGGAAGUGUGGAGUCGAAAAUCAGGCCUUCUACAAGCUGGAGAAGUCGAGUCAAGUCCGCACUGUGUCCAGCAGUAAUCUCUUCUUCAAGGGUAGUCGCUUUAGAUACAGUGGAAAAGUUGCUAAAGAGGUAAUGGAACAAAGUGCAAAAAUUAAGAGAGACCCCCCCGAGAUACACAGGGCUGGCAUGGUACCAAGUAGGAGCUGUCCAUCCAUCACCCAUGGCCCUCGUUUGACCAGUGUGCCCAGGACCCGACGGAGAGCUGUGCACAUUUCCAUCAUGGAGGGUCUGGAGUCCCUUCGAGACAGCGCCCACUCCACGCCUGUGCGCUCCGUCUCCCAUGGUGAGUCCUUUAUGUCCUCUCGAGGCCAGAUGGUGGACGGAACCGAGGCGAGCACGUCAGCAGUCAUCUCAGACGAGGCCUACAGCCCCUCAGACAGUGUGCUGCCUACGCCCGUGGCCGAGCAUGGGAUGGAGAUGUCCUUGGCCCGACACCUCAAUGGUGCUCCAUGCAGCAUCGACGAGGAGAAGGAGUCAGAGGCCGCCGCAUCAAAGGAGAGGCAAGCGGGCGAUUUUACUUCCGGCAGGAGAGCAGUGCGUGUGGUCAGGAGCAGGCCAUCACCACCAGGCGAUGUAGAGGAGCUGAACAAGUUCAUUCUGAGCGUGUUACGUUUGUUCUUGGUCACCAUCGGACUGCUGUUCGCCCUGCUGCUACUCCUCAUCAUGCUGACAGAGUCAGACCUGGACAUUGCCUUCCUGAGAGACAUCCGCAAGACACCUGAAUUCCAGCAGUUCCACUUUGAAUACUUCUGCCCUCUGCGGCGCUGGUUCGCCUGUAAAUUACGUUGGAUGGGAGGUUUCCUCAUCAGCAAGUGAAGUGAGGUGAAAGUUGACUGAAUGGUACAACACAGGCCUCCACUGAUGGGGAUGGGACACGUGCAACAGAUAGGCCAGGGAAGAGGGUGGCAGGAGAGAAUAGGAAAAGGAUGGCAGCCCUAUUCCCAACAUCAACUCAGCUUCUCCCAAAAAGGAGUUCCUGUCACGAGCCAGAGCCUUGCUUGUUAUGUUUGACCAUCACUGCGAGGAAAGGAAAUCACAUUUUACUUUGGAUAUUCAGGUCAUUUCAAGGCAUUUUAUUUUGACAGGAAGUCAGCGUAACAGGGAUUAAUGUAAACACUGCAAGGGACAAACAAGCUCUGACUACAGACUUAAUCAACCACAGAUAACAGUUGCCUUUAUUUUUGUAUUAAUUUAUAUGUUGCCACAUUAUCAUAAGACAGAAUGACCUGAUAUGUUGAGGUGAGUGCUGUGUGAGUGAAGUUUGGAGAAAAGAUGUGUUGAGAUUGGGGAGCCAUUCAAGCUUAUCUAAUUUUUAGAUUUUACAGCCAACAACAACAUUCAUUAUUGUCAAAGGCCAUUAUGGCUGCUGCUAUUGAAGACUGCUGUUUUGAGUUGAACCAGUAUCUCACGGUGAGAGCAGCACUUACUGAAUGUAGAUCAGUUGAGUCAAAUCAUAUUUACAAAUUAUAGAAUUUUAUAAUGUUUUUAAGUUCAUGGAAUUUGUCACGUAGAGUUACGCACGUGUUAACAGUCUCGGCAAAGAAUAGGACAAUUAAUUUAGCACACUUGUAACUGUUUGACAAUUUCCCCAACUUCCCUGAAUUGUGAUGUUGUAUACAACCAACAUCUGAUUUUUUUAAGAAGAUGCCAAGAAUUGGUUGCUAUUUGACCCAAGAGAGAUGUUGGUGCCCUGUUGAAAGGCCUGAAUGACAGUUUUUUGUAAGAAGUGUGAACAUACGUCCAUAAACAGUGCGGUCAUGUUACCAUUCCUGUCCAGCCAUGAGAGCACCAAUAAAGUUUUAUUGUCCAGUUACUAUAAAUUAAGGGUAAAUUGUAAUGAUAUAAGUAAGUAAUGGAGUUGGUAGGGUUACUGAUUUUAUAAUAUAGCAGCCAAAUAAUGCUAAUAGCUACAAUCAACUUCUGUGUGGAACAGCUGUCACUUUGCCGUAGUUACUUUUACAGUAGUUGUAAAGGCGAUGGGACCAUUUGAGCUAACCCUGUAGUGACAGUGAAGUCUGGUUAGCUAUUUGACUCCCACACUCUGUAGAAGAAGUUUAUCUUGAUGUGCAAUACUGUUAAUAUAUAAAAAACAAGAUCCUUUCCAUCAAGGGAAAUUUGACCUUGUUUUACCUUUGUGAAGUGCAAAGUUAGUGCUAUUUUCCCACGGUAUACAGUUAGGGAGAGCUUGUUUUUAGUUCAAGACUCAUGUUGAGUGGAGGUCAUAUAACUUUGGUUAGCCCUGCUGUGUUCACCUUGUAUCAUCAUCUGUAAAGGCUGAAUAUAUUUACUUCACGUUUCCAUUUUUGUACCAACUGAUGUCUCGUUAACACAGAGAUUUCCUCACGGUGACUUUUGAUGGACUUGAAGCAUUAUUUUAUACAGUUGAUGUCUAGUUUUCAGCUUCCUGCUUACAAGAGCACCGAAGAUAAGUCAUGUUUACGGCCUACUGCAAUCAUCAUCAUCACACCUACCAAAGAAACCUCUGUUGUCUGAUAUUUCUGUCAGUUUGCAUCAACAGAUGGAAACUCUGAUAGUCUGCUGUCCUUCUCCAGCCUUAUUACGUGUGUUGUUUCACAGUUUAGCCUGCAGUGGGUCUUUACAGCACAGAACAGUCAGCAAGCAUCAUUUAAAACCAUAUAGCCAGAUGUGGCAAUGUACUAUCGGUCCUCUAAACAAACGUGUAUGUGUUGAUGGUAAUCACAGGCUGAUCAGCAGCUAAAUAACAUUACACCCAAAAAACACAUAUUAUUUAUGCAACAGGAAGAAUGUGUUAGUGAAGUGAUUGGCUGAGGGGUUUUGAGUAUGUAGGUGCGUAUAGGCAGUUUGAAUAGUUACUGUAUUGAUAUUCAUCUUUCUAAAAUAAAACAAAAAAAAAUCUGCAGGUUGAAAGUUAGCAAAACUGUGCUUUGAGAGUGCUUUCCCUUUAGUAUUAAAUACCUAGGCUUUAAACAUUGGUUUUAUUUUUGUACAGUAUUCAAAUUCAGAAAUCCUCCUUGUAUUCCACUUUGUGGUUGGGUUUCAGACUUGCUAAAUUACUGAUUUAAUUGCUUUAAUGCAGAUGUUACUUGGUGGUUUUUGAUUGUGUUUGGUGAAAGGUGAUAUGUGGGAUAUGGAAAAGGGAUGGUGGGAAAAAUAGUCAGAAAAUUUACUUUUAACUUCCAAUAAUUUCUAAUUAAAAGACUCAUUUCUGAAUAAUAUAUAUAUAUAUAAACAUAAUUUAAGCAAUAAAUGUUACCAAUAAUGUAAUGAACAUUAAUAACCAGAAACUCUAAACUAAUGUUUGUCUCUUUCUGAUAGACAUGUAAAAUGUCUUUUGAAUCACCUCAUAAGGUACAACACAAGGUUCUAAAAAAGUGGAGUCAGUGUGUAAAACAUAAAUGAAAACAGAAUGGAAUUGGAAUGGAAAACUUGUUGUAAUAUCUUCUAUGUGUCUCACAGUGGUGAACCUUACCUCAUCCUUGCUUGUGACUGAGGUUUUCAAGGAUGCUCCUUUCAUACCUAGUCAUGUUACUAUCACCUGUUAGCAGUCAACCUUGUUUACCUGUGGAAUAGUACAAACAGGUGUUUUUGAGCAGUACAUAACUUUUGUUGUAACCCUAACCCAAUUUGUCUUAAGUGUGUUGCUGGCAUCAAAUUCAGAAUAAGCAUAUAUUUACAAAAAUCAAUGACAUCGAUGAGGUUAAACGUGAAAUAUAUGUGUACUGUAUUUGUUCUGUUUUCAGUCGCGUGUCAAAAAGGAUUCAGCAAAUGAUUACAUUCUGUUCACUUUGUGUUUUACACAGUGUCCUGGCUUUUUGGAAUUUGGGCUGUAAAACAGCCUGUACAUGCAGUUUGAAGGGAAUGUUGCCCACCGUUACAAACAAUACAAACUACACACAAUGUCAGAUACUUCUCCAGAAUAUCUACUGUCAAAAAACAUUCAUGUAAAUCCUGUCUGAUUGUUCCCUAAUCCUAAACUGCUCUUCCUUGACUCGAUAGAAACAGUUUUCUCGUAACAAGUACGGUUAAAUGAACUGACAGUAGAUCCAUGUUCACUGGAUUCUGAACAGAUUUUAGCACCAUGACGGUGGAGUGGUUUGCAUUUUUAACCAAUUUUAACCUGAAUCUUUUUUUGCAAUGCAGUUUAAUAUAUUGGGGUUUUCUUGUUUUUUUUUUUGCUAAAAUCUGUCUCGGAUUACCUGAACUGAUGCAGUGAUGACGAGGGGUGACAGCUUCAUUGACACUCUUGUACUCUUUUACUGGAUGAUAUAAACAGGAAGAAGGCCUCAGAUGGGGUCUUACUGUCAGCUUCAUUCCUGUACUACGGAAAUGUCUCUGUAAGCAUGUGUUCUGCAUUUAUUACCUCCAAACAAGACUGCUUAUUUCCAAUCACUGACUGAAGGCUGGUGUGAUCUAUUUAUGAAUAAAUAUAAUCUAUUCUUGA